UGUGCACCUCACUGUGUGUGAAUGUUUGUGUGCAUGUAUGUUCAGGUAUGAGUGUCGUCCUCUGGGCUGGACUUAGAAAAACGUCAGAGCCAGGACAGCGUGAUAGACAAAGCGUAGAUUGGAGUGUUUGAGGGGGGCCCUUACUGCUCACCAUGGGGCCAAGGCAUUGAGGGCCCCCAUCCAAGCAAAGAAAAAACUGAAACAACGGGGUAAUAUCCAGGAAAAAGAAGAUACGUUAAAAAGCCAGGUCAAAAAGAGAACAUCAGAAUGGUCGCAGAGGAAGUUUUGAUUACACUGUCCGGUGGAGCACCGUGGGGCUUCCGUCUGCAGGGUGGCGUGGACAACCAAAAACCACUUCAGGUGGCGAAGGUUCGCAAACGUAGCAAGGCAUGCAGAGCUGGUUUGAAGGAGACUGAUGAGCUGGUGUCCAUCAAUGACCAGCCAUGUGAUGAGUUAUCCCAUGCCCAGGCUAUGAUUCUCAUAGACGCUUCCAAGGGGAUAUUACACAUCCGUGUUAAAAGAGUACCUGCUGGGUUUCAGUCUGUGGUGCUUGUGACUCGUGCCCCUUCUCCUCGCAUCGACAAGGAGUACCGUGCUUCCCUGCAGACCCUGUCACCCACAAACCUUCACCAAGCACCUGUUCGAGAGGUGCACCGUAGCCGAUCUUCCCUAACCAGCGGCUUGACUUCACCACCCGGUAGUGAGGCCUACUAUGGCGAGACUGAUAGCGACGCAGACGUGGCGGGCUACGAGAGGCAGCGACGUCAGAAACGACGCAGCCCCAAUUCCAACACGGGUAAACCAAUGGGACGGACCUCUCCUGAGGGUGGGGAGACUUCGGAGAUGAGUGGCUAUGACAGCGCCCCAGAUGCACAGCCUUACCCAAAUUUGUCAGAAGGACAUGGGGGAGGCGAAACUGGGGGGCUGCCUGGGGUUGCACGAAGGGAAGUAAUUUACCAGCCCCCUGCUCCAGGAUUGUGGUCCUCCCAGACAUCAACUGAGACAUCUUCCAUCAUCUCGUCAGCAGACGACCAGGGGCCACGGGAUGGAGAGCAUGAGAACUUCCUGGAGCUUCCCAACGUGCCGCUGGUAUCCCCCGAGAGGGCAAAGGAGGCACUGAUGCUGCGCUCUCGCAACCAGCUCGUGCCCAUGGUGGGCCCUGUGAAUAACCCCGUCGACGAGGAACUUACAACAACCUACAUGGAAAAGGCCAAGCAAGCCAAGCUUAACCGAGGAGAUACGCCACAGGACAAGAAUGUAAAGGAAGCCAGAAGCAAGUGUAGAACAAUUGCAUCGCUACUGACGGACGCUCCUAAUCCUCACUCCAAAGGGGUGUUGAUGUUCAAGAAAAGGCGGCAGCGCUCCAAGAAGUAUACCCUCACGAGCUUUGGCAGUGUGGAUGAGGAUCAGUGUCUGGACUCGCAAGACGAAGACGAGAUGUUACCUGGUAGCGAGUCAGAAUUUGAGGAAGAGGGCUUUUCGGCUGCUCCAGAUCCAACUUGGGAUAGUGACUACUUGGAUAUGCUUGAGAAAAGGGCAACUGCGGGUGUCGAAGGUCGUGGGGAUGGGGAAGAGGAUGUUCCAAGUCUGGGCUUGGAUGCCACCACAGGGAAAGGUGCCCAGCUGUUUGAACAGCAGAGGAAGAGGGCUGCUGAGCAUGCCAAAAAGGCAGAGGUGGUACAGUCUCAGGCAGCCCAACAGGCUAUAAAUGAGCAAGCACAGAUGUUUUAUCCAGACAGUCAAGGGUAUACACCCAUGCAGCAAGAUGUAUACCAAGUGCAACCAAGCUUUAACAUGUCUAAUGGAGAUCUAUCCCAGGCCACAGGUGGAACAGCUAAAAUGGGUAUGCAAGGGGGACCCAGGCCAGCCAUCGACUCUGUGGAUAUGAUCACUGGCAAUACACCACUAGCUGAAACAUUCAUACCAGAAGCACCUGCCAGUAAUGUUCUCAAUAGAACUGCACGUCCUUUCACACCUGGCUUCAUUACAAUCCGGGCUGCAACAGCUCCGGUAGCAUUCAAGCCAUCUGCCACAAAGACAAACCAGCGACUUACCUCAGCAGCUGCUGUUCCACCACCAUUUUCCACCAUCCCAGAGCAGGCUAUUAAUGCUACAUCAGUGAUGUUACAGCUGUCCCCAGGUCCUGCAAGCUCCUCUAAAGCUUCUGCUCCUGUAACUCACACAGCCGGGGCUUCUGCCAUCCUAAACCCUUCGACCAGUUCCUUUUUUGUAGAGCCGUCACACACAGUGCAACAGACGACUGCUGCUUAUCCAGUUCAAUAUGUAAAUGUGCCUCCAGUUCCACCACAGCCCAUGUUUUCUGCUCCAUCACAGAUCAUAGUUUCAGCUUCACCACAUGUGGUAUCAGGUCCACCACAGCACAUAUUGUCAGCUACACCACAGUUCAAGGCUUCAGCUCCUAUUCCUCCAAUAUCUCAAAUUCCUGGUUCAAUUCAACAAGUUGCACUUUGCCCCCCAGGUGUGCCAGUAGCUCCUCCUCCAUGCCCAAUUCAAAUUCCCAUAACACCUUUAGCAACCGUGUCCAUGGUCUCUGAGCCAGAAGCGAUAGCUCCAACCCCUGUUUCUGGUCAAGGAGGUCGUACAGGAAUCUUACUUGAGUCUCGACGCCGUGGUGGAAAACCGAAACCUAUGUUCAAUGUACCAGAAGUCAAGAGGAAUUCACCAAAUCCUGAGCUGUUAUCAAUGGUGCAUAAUUUUGAUGAGAGGGCCACAAAUCCCAAGCAUAGUCACCCAUUCUAUGAAGAUUUUUAUGAUGCUGCGCAGGAGGCAAGCAGUACAGCGAUCGGCAUAGGGAAGAUGCCGCCCCCGGUAGCACCAAAGCCUCGGGUUCUGCAGGAGGCCCCACAGAUCAUUCAAGCAGGGGGUAAGGGGGCUCAGCUCUUUGUCCGCAGACAGAACCGCAUGGGUAUGUAUGUAGUGGAUGCCCCUCCACCGACCCACUACCAAGACGAAGUGCCCUUGCAUGGCACAGCACAACCCCUCCACACCUCCUCCAUCCCCUCAGGUUUCUCUCAAUGGAAAUACUCCUCCAAUGUGCGUGCCCCUCCACCCAUUGGGUAUAACCCACUCCUAGCUCCUUCUAUCCCCACAGGGCCUCAGAGGAACAUGAGCAAGCCAGGUAAUAAGAGUCAAGGUGGCUCACAGCGAGAAGGUAUCCAAGCUCUGGAUUUCAUGAGAAGGCAGCCCUACCAGCUCAACUCUGCCAUGUUUAACUACAGUGGAAGUGCUGCUAAUCUCUCAGCCAGCCCUUCUCACCACGACAAGAGGCAAGGACACCAUACGGCAAUGGUGGGCAGCUCAUUAACCUCACCGAAGCAGAUACCCGUAAAAACUGCUCGUGCCUAUGAGAUCAAGAGAUUCUCAACACCAACACCUAUGUCUGCUCCCACACUGAUCCCAAAGGUUCUUGCACCUCGUUCAGCCACCACCCUCGGAGAGCGUAUAGAUGACUCUGAUAUGACCACUCCACCGCCUAGUCUGACUGAUCCAACCUCAGACGUCAAGUUGGCACGAGCCCCAUUCAGAGAGUCAGUUUCACUUUCUUCCCAAAUAGGUGGCUUGCCCAGUCUUCCCAAAUUAUCUGCCAUGCCUCCACCGAACCUUGUGUCUGGUGUAGCAGCACAUUGCAUUCCGGUGUCUUACAACACCGGACUACAGGCAGCCAAGCAGUUCCAAAGUGCUCCUGAACUAAGUAUUCUUUCUUCAUUGCCCCCUCUCAAGUCCAACCCAGUUCAGGCACCCAAGCCGCGUUUUGUUGCCAACAAGGGGGGUGUUCAGGCUCAUGUGUGGAGACCUGGAGCAAUUUAAACAAUUGGAAAUCUGGUGUGCUGUUCAUUAACUUGUCCUUGUAAUUACAUUUGCUGCUAGUGUUGGUUUGUUUGUUUUCCCAAGGAAUUAGGCAAACAUCACGUCAUAUUUUAAUAUAUUUAUGGUUACUUGGUUUUGGAAAGGGAUGUCUUCCCCCCGACAUGAACAAGCAACUCUAGACACAAUACCAUAUUAAGCUACAGUAUAUGUUCAAGAUUUUAGACAUAAACAUGUUCAUCCUUUUACUGUUGCUGAUCACUCACAUUAAUUUACGGUAGAUUAUUUACUGUACUAACACUCAGUACAUCAUAAAGCAAACCAUAGACUUAAUACAAACACAUUCUAGAUUUCAAAUGCAAUUUAAUUUUUUAAAACGCCUAUGAGGUCAUUAUACAUUAUUGAUUACUCUUGUGGCACUCUGGUAUUAAUUCCACUCAUAGCCCCAGUUAACAAUGUGCACUUACUUGACGUUACAGUGUAUUAGCCAUGUACAGCUUCUUAAUAAAAAAAUGGCACAGCUGAUAAGUGUGGUCUUUGCAAACAUAUGCAACUAAUACCUUUUAUUUAAUUAAAUAACACAGAUGAACAAUUGUGUAUUUUGUUGAUUAUAUAUAAAGUUGUGCAAGAGAAGGGAUGACUUACUGAGAGCAUUAAUAAUAGGAUUUUAUGACACAAGAGAGGCUGUGGAGAGGUGGAAAUGAUCAGUAGGAUAAUAAUAGGACAGACAACUGAAUGUGGUUAGCGAUUAAAUUAUACACAUGAAGAAUUUAAUCCUAUUUUUGUUGGUAUGUAAGAUUUUAAAUUAAAUUGUUUAAGUCAUGAGCACCCACAGCCUGAAGAUGUUAAUAAAGGGUGAUUAGGAAGGAUCAGGAUAGAGAUUCGAUGGGCAAGAUGGCAAAAGGUCGACGCACUGAGAUGUGUUUUUCCUUUAAAAAUAAUGCUUGAAGAAGAUGGGGUUGGAUUAGAAGUUAUACUUGGGCUAUUUUCUACAGUAUGGAUGAUGUUUAGGCUGCAAAAUGGCAUUUGGGGAUAUAACGGUGUAAAGGGCAAAAAUUACAAAUGUGUCUGGAUAUUGAAAUGUGUGGAGAUGUUUAUAUUUCCAAUAAAAUGAAAUGAAUAAAAUUAGAUCUGAAAAGCAC